AUGUCACGAGUCCUCCUCGCGCCCACGCUCGCCGUCGGUGCUUGGUCGCCGACGCUAACCGCCUGGUCCUUACCGAUUGGCGGCAGCAGCGGUGCUGGCGGCUUCGUGGGUGAGGCCUGGGGCAAAGUCGGGAACGUGCAGGCCUUGCGCGAGCGGCUCACGGUGCGCGGCAACAACCGGCUGUACGCAGUGGCAGAGAUCCCGAGCAAGGAGAGACCCAAAUGGUCAGACUUCUCGUACCUCCGCCUGCCGCUGCUCAACCGCCGCCUCGCCUUCGAGGUUGACCUCUCUGCCGUCGGCUGCGGCUGCAAUGCGGCCGUCUACCUCGUUGCGAUGCCGCCGCGGCCGGGCGCAGACGCCUCGAUGUACUGCGACAUCCAGGGCUACGAUGCGGAGCCUUGCCUCGAGAUCGACCUGUUGGAGGCCAACACCAAGGCGGUGCAGGCCGCGCUCCACACCACGGUAGGGCGAGGCGGCCGAGCGGGCAGCUGCAACCAGGACGGCUGUGUCGCCAAUGCCGGUAACACCGCCGCCUCGGCCGGCCUCUAUGGGCUGCAUGCGCCGCGCAUCGACACCGCCCGGCCUUUCACCGUCAGCGCCACGUUCGACGAGGGCGGGGCAUUCGACGUGACACUCGUUCAGCAGCAGGCCAGCCUUCUCUUUUUCGACCCGGCGGCCGUCAACGGCAGCGCCUCGCCCGACGGCUUCCCGGCGCCGGUUCCAGCUACCGACCGCGCCCGCACAAGAGCAGCGCUGUCCGGCGGCAUGACGUUGGUCGUGUCGCUUUGGAGCGCGGACGACCUGAGCUGGCUGGAUGGCGGCUGCGACGCGGCGCACCCGAGGCGGGCCGUCGAGACCGCGGAGACGUUCGAGGAGGAGGGGGGGGGGGAAGAGGAACUAGAGGCGGACGCUCCGGCGCCGCCGAAUGCCCUGCAGAGCUGGACCAUUUAG